AUGAUCGAGAUAACACUCCACAAGAGAUCAUCGAUUAUUGAAAAAUUACCCGACAACAAUCUUAUGUUCAGACCGGAGCUCAGGUUCUGGUAUGAUAGAUUCACCUCCGGCCACCUGAAUAACCACGACGACGACAGGUACGACGGUAGAUCCAUCAACGUCCAUCGUGAAGAUGACAUCACCAGUUCUUGUUCCCUUCCUACUGCUUUCUUUUUGUUUUCUGAAUUUAGGCUCUUUGGUUUAUACAAUCGAUCUUCUGGCUUCUGA